AGCCCGAUCCUGGUAAUUGGAGGCACCGAUUUCCUCGGCCACCACCUCGUGCAAGACCUACUGGACAACGGAGUCAAACACGACCAAAUUCACGCGCUCGAUCUCAAGACCGACAGGAACCUCGUGUCUGGUGUCACAUACCAUCAAGCGGACAUUACAUCAAAGAGUGCCAUCGACCCCUUGCUUCAGAAAGUCCGGCCUACUGUGGUGUCCCAUACUGCGUCUCCGAAUCCUUUCGAGACAAACCGCGCGAUCCUAGACAAGGUCAACAUAGAUGGAACACGGAAUCUCAUCGAGGGCGCACAGGAAGUAGGAAUGGUCAAGGCAUUCAUCUAUACCUCCAGCUCGUCCCUUGUACACGACCAUUAUCACCCUCUGAUCAAUGCGGAUGAGACCCUGCCAGUCUUGUACUACCCGCAGCAGUCCAACUACUACUCUCAUACCAAGGCAGUCGCGGAGGAUAUCGUACUGGCUGCCAAUCGCAGGGUUGGUUCCAUGUUGACAGUUGCGCUGCGUCCUACUUCUAUGUAUGGCGAGGGAGACGAGGGCCAGAUUCCUAAUCUGGUCCGCAAUGCCAGGGCUGGGAGAGCAGGCCAUCAUAUCGGACCUGGAAACAACAAGUUUGACAACACGUAGAAGUGAUCACCAACUCGUGCACGCUCAUCAACUUAUGCACACCGCC